AGUCCUUAAGUUCACCGAACACAGCACCUUCUUUUUACGCCUCCUCUUUUGCAGCCCAUCAGAUCUCUGCGAGCCGCCCACCUCACAGGAAGGAGCAAAAGGUGUAAGUACUUAAAUAUCAUUUCCAACGCCGGGAAAAGGAGCUGAAGAGCGUCAAUACGAACAUUCUUUACACUGGUUGUCCCCACGCUACACUUGCCCUGUGCACUCCGACACUUUCUCUUCACGUGCCUCAUUCAUAAUGAGCAGCUCAGAGGCAAACCAACCCUUUCGAGAGGAGCCCCGCAACGGCAACCAGCUCACCGUCGAUCCGAUGGCCCUUCAAGGGGAACUCGACGUGGUCGAUGACGGGUACGCGAUGAAGGAGGCGAAGGGCGUGGAGGAGACGAGCUCCCCCGACAGCGCGGACGCCUACGACUUUGACCGCUACGACCCGCAGCGUGAGAUCGAGCGCCAGGACCAGAUCCGUGCGGACCGCAUUGCACGCCGCCGCAUCCCCGCCAACGUCUUCCAGAAGUACUUCGGCAAAGCCGUCCCCUACGGUGGCCUGCUGUCGACGGGGCUGAACCUGGCGAGCUCGUCCAUCGGUGCCGGCAUCAUCGCGAUGCCUCUGGCGUUCAACUCGUCCGGUCUAGUGAUGGGUCUCAUCUACAUGGUGGUCGUCGCCUACCUCACCGUCUACUCUUACUACCUGCUUGGUUUCGCAGCGCAGAAGACGGGACUGCGCAGCUACGAGAUGAUCGUCCGCACGCUGUUGGGCCCCGGUGCGGACUACUUCCUCGCCCUCUGUAUGUGGCUGUUCAGCUUCGGCGCCGAGCUUUCCUACGUCAUUUCCCUGAAGGAUGUUCUCACUGCGUUCCUCGAGGAUUCCCCUAACACGCCAGACUUUUUGAGGGGCAUCUGGGGCCAGCGUGUGCUGACCGUGGCGGUGUGGCUGUUCUUUAUGCUGCCGCUGACCUUAUUGAAGGAGAUCAACACGCUGCGCUACUUCUCCUGUGUGGCGGUGCUCUUCAUCAUCUUCUUCGUCGUCUGCAUGGUGGUGCACAGCGCACAGAACGGUCUCCGCCAGCACCCCCGCCCGGAAAUCAAAAUGGUCAACACCGGCAACACCGCCAUCGGUGGCCUCACCACGUUUGUCUUCGCGUUCCUCUCGCAGCUGAAUGCGAUGGAGGUGGCGGAGGAGCUCUACAAGCCCUCCCCGCUCCGUCUCACUCUUGGGGCCUCCGUCGGUGUGGCGAUCGUUUUUGUGCUGUACCUCUUCGCCGGCCUCUUCGGCUACCUCGACUUCGGCCCCAAGGUCACCACCUCCGCCCUGAAGAUGUACAACCCUGUGCAGGAUCCGUUGAUGGGUGUCGGCUACGGUGGCAUUAUGCUGAAGCUGUGCGUCGGCUACGGCCUGCACAUGAUCCCGGUACGCCAGGCGGUCUACUACUGCUUCCGCGCCGACGUGCACAGGCUUCCGUGGUGGAAGAACGCGUGUGUGUGCACCUUUUUGGCACUUCUUUCGCUUGUUGCUGGCCUGUUCAUUCCCAGCAUCAACGUCGUCUUCGGUCUCGUCGGCGGGUUCUGCGGCGGCUUCAUCGGCUUCAUCUACCCAGCGUUUAUGAUGAUGUAUGCCGGUAACUGGACCUUCUCCUCCGUUGGCUGGUUCCACUACUUUUCCACCUACCUUCUGCUGAUUGUCGGUGUGAUCGGUGUGGUGUGGGGCACCGCCUCCUCCAUCUACGGCGAGAUCUAG